CUAGACCCAGCAGUUGCAGCGCUGCUCUAGCAGCUGCUGCAAUUUGCAGGUUCAUCUAUACGUACAACUUUUUCUGUAUCUAUUUAUGUGUUUAUUUGUAUAUAUAUAUAUGUAUAUAUAUGUAUAUGUUGUGUGAGCUGUGAAGGACACUCACAUAAAGUGUGAUUUGAUAUGUAGAGAAAAAGCAUUUCACUUUUUAGAGAGAGAAAGAAAAGAGAGAGAAAGAGAGGUCAUCUUCUUUAUGCAAUGCGGUGAGUGCGCAGUUGAACUAGCAAAAGGGUUUAAAGAUGAUGUGUGGACUUAUUGAUCUGAAUACUGUGGAUAACGAUGAUGCCGGAGAAGAAACGACGGCGCCGGUGUCAUUGGAUUCACCGGCGUCGUCGUCGGCGGCAUCAGGAAGUUCGGAUUUGACGUCGUCAACUACGCCAGCGGUGGCAUCGGUGUGUAUGGAGCUUUGGCAUGCGUGUGCUGGACCGUUGAUUUCGCUGCCGAAGAAAGGAAGCGCGGUUGUGUACCUACCUCAAGGUCACUUGGAACAUUUAUCUGAGUACCCGCCCAUAGCCUCUAAUCUCCCUCCUCAUGUGUUCUGUCGCGUUGUAGAUGUGAAGCUACAAGCAGAUGCGGUUACUGAUGAGGUCUAUGCACAAGUCUCACUAGUUCCUGACAAUCAGCAGAUUGAGCAGAAAUGGAAGGAUGGAGACAUUGAUGCAGAUACUGAAGAGGAGGAAAUAGAAGGUGCUGGAAAAUCAAUAACACCACACAUGUUCUGCAAAACUCUUACUGCAUCGGAUACCAGCACUCAUGGUGGUUUCUCUGUCCCUCGGCGGGCAGCAGAAGAUUGUUUUGCUCCCUUGGAUUACAGACAACAGAGGCCCUCGCAGGAGCUGGUAGCCAAAGAUCUGCAUGGUAUAGAGUGGAAAUUUCGGCAUAUCUAUCGGGGUCAGCCACGGCGGCAUCUGCUCACUACAGGAUGGAGUGCAUUUGUAAACAAGAAGAAGCUUGUUUCUGGUGACGCUGUUCUUUUCUUGAGGACUGGUGAUGGAGAGCUUAGGUUAGGAGUGAGACGAGCUGCCCAAGCAAAAACAUGUUCUAGUUAUCUGGCUCCUUGUAGCAAACCGUUGAAUGUUAGUGGCAUUGUAGAUGCUGUUAACGUUAUAUCUAGCAGAAAUGCCUUCAACAUUUGUUACAACCCAAGGGGUAGCUCAUCGGAUUUCAUUGUACCUUACCACAAAUUCUCUAAGACUCUUGCACAUCCCUUUUCAGCUGGAAUGAGGUUUAAAAUGCGUGUCGAAACAGAAGAUGCAGCUGAGCAAAGGUUCACUGGACUUGUUGUGGGAGUUAGCGAUGUAGAUCCAGUUCGAUGGCCAGGUUCGAAAUGGAGGUGCCUAUUGGUCAGAUGGGAUGAUCUUGAUGUUUCUAGACAUAAUAGGGUUUCACCAUGGGAGAUUGAGCCAUCUGGUUCAGCUCCUGUGCCCAGCAGCUUGGUGAUGCCUUCUGCUAAGAGGACCAGGGUUGGCUUUCCUAUUUCAAAGGCAGAUUUUCCAAUUCCUAGAGAAGGAAUUGCAGUAUCAGACUUUGGGGAAUCUUCUAGGUUCCAGAAGGUCUUGCAAGGUCAAGAAAUUUUGAGGAUGCAUGCUCCUUAUGGCGGACUUGAUGCUCGGAGUCCUCGUCCAGCAGGCACAAGAUGCUUUCCUGGUUUUCCUAGUUCUGGGAUAUCUAGAAUGGGAAACAGCAUCAGACCCCUGUUCGGUGACACUGACAAGUCCCAUGAAAGCAUUGGCUUUAGUGAAUCUCUUCGAUUCAAUAAGGUCUUGCAUGGUCAAGAAAUUUUUACAAGCCCUCCUUAUGGGAGAGCUCAAGCUGGUAUCCAAAUGCAGGAGAAAAGUAGGACCGGUAUUUUUGUCGGUAUUCAGGUUCCAAACCAUGGAAACAGGUGGCCUGCUCCAAAUCAGGAUAAUAACACUCCUUGCAAGUCAAUUAAUCCUGUCUCAGCAUCAUCACCACCUUCUACACUCAAUUUUCAGCAUCCGAGCCCUCCAGCAUCAAAGUUCCAGGCUAUGUUCAAUCAUAAACAUGGGAAACAUGAUCUUGUUAACCAGGCUUCGUUAGAUCUGUCUGAGAACUGUUGUAGGUAUCUCUCAUCUGGUUCACAUACUGAGGACAGCAGUCGGAAGGAAGGUACUCAAGGAAUCAGCUCGUUUGGUUUCUUAAAGGAGCAAAAGCAAACAGGACUUUCAUAUCUUUCUCUUGGGACACAGUCGUCAUUCAAAGGCAAUCAAAACUUAGUUUCCACUUGUAAAACUAGUUGCAGGAUCUUCGGGUUCCCCUUGACCGAGAGUAAAAUAAGUGCAACUAGAGCGGAUACUCCCUCUGAAGCUGUAUACUCACAUGGUCUAGAAACUACAUUUCUCCCUUCCGGUGAUGGAAAGUUGCAGCCGGGGCCACCAUUGAUGACUAACGUUGUGGGAACAAAUUUUACCAAAGUAAAUGACCUCUAUGCAGCAAGAGAUGUGCUUCUUGAUAUUGCUCUGUAGCAGGUGUUUGUUGUGAGGUUGUGCUAGAAUAUGUAGACUGAAGGAUGUGUGUGCAGCAUUAUUGAUUAUUAGAUUUUAGUUGGUGUUGUAAUCUUCUGGCCGUUGAGUGCGCAAGCAUUUGGUUGCCAGUAGAAUGCUUAUCCAGAGAUGAGAAUUGAGAGUUUUUAAUGAAGAUUGAUACCGUUGAGGAACAUAUGUUCUUGAAAAGUUGGUGUAUGUGUUCCUGUGACGCUGAUGUACUAUGUAACAAUUGGAAGUUGUGUUUGCUGCAUCAAAGAUGUCUGUAUGAUAAUUGUACUCUGCUUGAGAUGACUUUUGUAUUUGUAGAUUUACCUAGUCUAGAUUUGCUGUGAACUAACUCAAGCUCCUGUAAAUCGGUAAGUUUGUUGUAGGAGCUCUCAUCUCAGGAACACAAUACUGUACUGAAUAUUUUAAGGAAUUGUCAUGUAUAUUCCUGCAAUUAAACAGGCUGAACAUAGUUUCCUGUUUGUUAUUUGAUAAUCAAUCCUGCAUCCCUUGAUUUUCUCUA